UUCAAUAUAUUGGUUUUAUUAUAAUCUAUUGAUUAUUUAUAUUGGAAUUCGAAUAUAGAAUAUUAGUAGAAUAGAAUAUUAACAUUUUUUUUUUCUUUUUCCCCCUCUUUUCGGAUUCUUUUACCUUGUUUAUUUUCAUGCAGGUCCCAUUUUCCUCUUGUUUCUAAUUUUGGGGCUUGAAAGUGCUUGGAAUUGGAACUAGCUGCGUGAAAUUGAUGGAGCUAACUCUAAGGGAAGAAGAUGCCGCUAACUGGGUUUACAGGGGUGAAGGAGCUGUUAAUCUUGUUCUUGCUUACAAUGGAUCAAAUCCUUCUUUUGUUGGGAAAGUGAUGAGGAUACGUAAGGCUCCAAAGAACAGUAAACAUGGUCUGAAGAGUAACAUAACUGUGACUGCACAUGAACUUCUGCUUUGGAAAGAUGUGAAUGAACUUGUUUCCUCUUCAGAAAAGGAUAUCAUCGACCAGCUAUAUGUCGAGCAUGUUAUGAUGCCGUUGCUUGGUUCUAAGUAUGUUGAUGCUGGGGUGCAUGUUUUGGUGUCUAGGAAAUUCCUUGAAUCAAUUGAGAAGAUUGUUAUUAGCCAACGUCCUGUGUGGCGAGUCGAUGCUGCCCAGAUUGAUAAACAAUGUGAUUUUGGUCUUCUUAUGUCUGAUCAUUCUGUGUUCCCUCAUGAUAGCCAAGGAUCGAAGCCCUGCAUUUCUGUUGAGAUAAAGCCCAAAUGGGGAUUUCUUCCUCAAUCUAAAUUUGUAUCUGAAGGAAAUGCUAUCAAAACGAGAGUAACUCGAUUUGAAAUGCAUCAAGCUCUGAAGUUGCAUCAAGGCACGAUAUCAGAGCUAAGUCAAUACAAUCCACUUGAUCUAUUCUCCGGAUCUAAAGAGAGGAUUCGUAAGGCUAUCAAGGAUCUCUUUAUUACUCCUCAGAACAAUUUUCGUGUAUUUUUGAAUGGCUUUCUCAUACUCGGAGGACUGGGAGGUGGCACAAGGAAAACAGAUUCACACAUGGCUGAAGCAUUUGAGGAAAGGCUGAAGUCUGUCAUUGAAGCUGAUAAAGGUCAUUGUACGGAGAACUUGUUUACACUCGUUGCUGAGACCAUGCACAAAUCAAGAGUCCUUGAUCAGCUCCUUGAGGUUCAGAAGCUCGACAAUUUCGACAUAGAAGGAGCCAUCCAUGCAUAUUAUAACAUUAUUUCUCUAUGCAUGGCAUGUACAGAAUUGAAUGAAGAGCAGGCAAAACGGUACAAGUCUUUUCAUUCGGCUUCAUUGGAUGAAAGUUUGAGAAUUGUGAAGAACUACCUUAUAGCAGCGACAGCGAAAGACUGCAGUUUGAUGAUAUGUUUUAGACAAAGGACAAAGGAGGAUUCGUCAUCUAUAUACAAUAACAUAUAUCUUGAGUCAACUAAGCAAACCUUUGAUUUUAAGGUGUAUUUUAUCGACCUUGAUUUGAAGCGAUUGAAUAAAAUGGAAGAAUAUUAUGAGUUAGAUAAGAAAAUAGUGAGCUGUUAUGAACAAAGUAUGAACAUGGAUCAUCAAGAAAGAAACGAAGUCAUCAACAAAAUGGAUCAAGAAGUAACAAAUGUGCAGGGAACUUCUUGAGACAGCAUAUUGAGAUUUCAAUAACUUCAGUUUGAUGAUGAUGUUCUUCCUCCUCACUUAAUGUUGUUGUAAUACUAUAAUCCAAAAAUGAAGGCCAAAACUACUUGUAAUUUGAGGUUUUACUUUCGAUUUUUUGUUUUUAA